AUGCUUCUCUUUCAAGGGUCAGCUAUUUUGUGCUUUUAUUCAAAUGGUCUUGUUCAAGGCCAUUGUAUUGAUAAAAAUAACAAUACGUGUCCUUAUAGUUUAGCAGGCACUCGAUCAGAUCAUGUUGAUCCUCUUCAUCAUGCUUGUAUGGAACCCGAUGACUUUUACUCUCUCUUAAUUCAAUCUCAUCACAGUCAAGAAAAAAUAAAUUUGCUUGUACGACGACCUAAAGAUAAUGAUGCUGGCAAUUUAUUUACUCGUGAACACGACAACAAUAACAAGUAUGAUUUCUUAUUUCAAACACAUCAAUUUUUAUCUGGUCAAAAGGCAUUGGCUAUUCAACACAAAUACUUUGGUUCAUCUCAUGAUGAACACGUCGUCGUUUGUAUUGGCCCUGUCGAAUGGAAUCAACAAGACGAAUCCAAUGAUGUCAUUGCUUUAUCAUGA